UUGUUGUUAAUUUUUAAAGGAUUUUUUAGCAGAUUUAGCCUAUUCUCCUCACAAAUGAAGCGACACGAUCCUUCUUGCUCAUCUUCCGAAAAACAACAAAUUUAUCACGAAAAACAAAGAAAGCAACUUUGCCUGCUUCACACCUUGAAUAAUUUAUUUCAACGAAGAGAAUUUAGUCAACAAGAGCUUGACGAGAUUUGUGAAAGACUUGACGACCGCAGAUGUUUCAAUCCCCACCGUUCAUGGAUUGGUUUGGGGAAUUAUGAUGCAAAUAUUUUAUUAAUUGCCUUACAAUCUAGAGAUUUUACAGGACGAUAUUUUGACAAAAGAUUACCAGCUUCUCGCAUUAAACACGAAUUAAUUUAUGCCUAUAUUUUCAACAUACCUUCGCCGCCGUUCACUCUCUUGCCAUUUUUUAAAGGCAGACAUUGGUUUGCCGUUUUAUCAAUAAACAACAUUUACUACAAUUUAGACUCAAAACUUGAUGCUCCAACAAAAAUAAAUGGAAACUUUAACGCUUUUAUUGAUAAACUAUUGGAAGCUGGAAAUGAAUUAUUGUUGGUAGUUGAACCAGAAAAUGAGAAUAAUUGUAUAAUUAAUUUGGAAGAAUUUAAGGAUAAAGGAGAAUAG